CAACACAGUCGCCGCCGGACAACCACCGGACGCCGGUCGUGCCAGCCUGUCAGGAAAGCAAAGCCGUAAAAACGGAACACCGAACACCCGCGAUAACCACUGAUGAGACGAGCGGGGUGGAUAUGGCAGCAGUUGCCGCCCACCACCACCGCCUCUCCUUCUCCUCGACCGCUGCUCCAACCACACCUUGCCGACGCCACCGCUUCUCGUCGCUCCCUUUCUCCGGGCGGCCCUCUUCCCAUGGCCGUCUCAGGUCCCGAGCCGCGACCCGCGUCCUCACGCGCGCCGGAAGCACCGGCACCAGCAGCGCCGCGACGACGACGUCGCUGGAGGAGCUGCGCCGGGGCUGCUCCACCUGGACGUGGCGAGGGAUGCGCGUGAACUACCUCGACAGAGGGCAGGGCCCGCCCGUCCUGCUCGUCCACGGCUUCGGCGCCUCCGUCGCGCACUGGCGCAGGAACAUUGGGGUGUUGUCUGAAUCCUACACCGUCUACGCGAUCGAUUUACUGGGGUUCGGUGCAUCGGACAAGCCUGCUGGAUUUUCUUACACGAUGGAGACAUGGGCUGAGUUGAUAUUGGAUUUCUUGGAGGAGGUGGUCAGGAGGCCCACGGUUCUCGUCGGCAACUCUGUUGGAAGCCUUGCAUGUGUCAUUGCUGCCUCAGAGUCCAACCGAGAAGCCGUUCGUGGGCUUGUUCUGCUGAACUGCGCCGGCGGCAUGAACAACAAGGCGAUCGUCGACGACUGGAGGAUCAAGCUGCUCCUGCCUCUGCUCCUGCUGAUUGACUUCCUGCUGAAACAACGGCCGAUAGCAUCAGCGCUCUUUAACCGCGUCAAAAACAGGGACAAUCUGAAGGACAUCUUGCUCUCUGUUUACGGGAACAAAGAUGCCGUGGACGACGAAUUGGUUGACAUCAUAAGCGGACCAGCUGACACUGAGGGCGCCCUGGACGCGUUCGUGUCGACGGUGACCGGCCCGCCGGGGCCGAGCCCGAUACCGCUGAUGCCGCGGCUGGCCGACCUGCCCGUGCUGGUGCUGUGGGGGGACCGGGACCCCUUCACCCCGAUCGACGGGCCCGUGGGGAAGUUCUUCUCCAAGCUGCCGUCGGAGCUCCCCAACGUGACGCUCUACAUGUUGGAGGGCGUCGGGCACUGCCCGCACGACGACCGGCCGGACCUCGUCCACGCCAGGCUGCUCCCGUGGCUGGAAGCGCUCCCGCCGCCUGCGGCUGGCACAGUGACCACGACGGUGUAGUCGUCGGGACGGGAUCGACGAAUGGGCCAUGGCCGAUGGAUGGAUGUGUACUGGAAAUUUGUAAAUGAAUGCAUGCAACUGUAGGAGGAUUUGCCUAUUUGGUUCUGAGGCAUAUAGUGAAAUUAAUUUCUGUAUUUUUCUCUUGUUAUAAACACCACAUCACAGAGUUAGCGUCGGA